AUGAAUUUAGGAAGUAACAAAACAAGACAAAAAUUAUUCUAUGAUAAAUCGAAUUUAAGCUCGGAAGUUUUUCACAAUUCCACUUUGCAUAUUGGUGAUGUAAUAUCAUUGUAUACAGAAGAUCGAUCUCGGCAAUCAGAUGAUCGAAACGAUGAUCGAACUUUCAUUAAAACUGGUCUAGUUGACGACCGUUGUAUUGUUGAGAUUGGUGAUGGAAACCCUGAAGCACCUCCGAAGAAGUUUCGUGAUUGCUUAUUUCGGAUUUGUCCAAUUAAUCGCUAUGCUGCGCAAAAGCAAUUUUGGACCGAACAGAAGAGAUUUCGUGAAGGCGAAUCAGUAUUUGAGGAGGAUAUGUUAGCAAAAUUGAAAAAUGCUGCUGAUAAAGAAAAAGAGCAAAAUGAAAUGGAAUAUCAAAAAAUGUUAGGUUCAAUCGUACAGUACGGCGGCACCAUACAAUUGCUUCAUGUGAAAUCAGACAAAUAUUUGACGGUAAUGAAAAAUACGCCAGCAAAAUUGGAGCGGAAUGCAAUGAAAGUUUGUUUAGACAAAACAGGCAAUGAAGGUUCAUGGUUUUAUGUGGAAACUGUUUAUAAACAUUCUUUUCUUGGAGAUAAUGUGAAUUCGGGUGACAGAAUAAGUUUGGUGCCAUAUUCAUAUGGAUCGUUAUCAGGGAACACCGGGAUUAUUAAACCACAGAUACAUUUAUCACAUAUGAGACUUCCUGAUCACCCACAGGGAUACGAGGUGAACUGCGUUAACGAACAUACUGAAUGGCAAGUGUUUGUUUUCCUUCAGUUUGAUGAAAAUCGUGGGGACAUUAUCAAAUCGGGCGAUGUGAUUAGAUUAUUUCAUGCUGAUCAGCAAACAUUUUUGACGCUUGACACUAUACCCAAGAAAGGGAAAGAUGUGGUUUUUUUGCGGCUAACAAAUAGGCCAUCCGCUGCCGAUGCUACAUCUUCGAGAGCAUUGUGGGAAGUACAGGUUGUUCAAAAUGAAGCUUGUCGUGGAGCAGCUGCUGCGUGGCAUGAAAGAUUUCGAUUUAAACACCUCGCUUCUGAUAUGUUUCUUACGGUGAAAAGUGCAAGAGACAUGAGGGACGUCCUCGAUAUGCCUCCAGCAUCAUCUAUUCCAGAAAACAUUUUUGAUUACAGUAAGAAUGAGAAAGGAUGGGUUAAAGUCAUUGGCGAAGACCAGAGGGUUGACAAAGAAACUUUUGCAUUAUUAUCAGUUCAUCCGAAUGAAGUUCGCGAUCUGGAUUUCGCAAAUGACGCUUGUAAAGCCCUGACUAACUUCAUUGAUCUUAUCAAAAGUGGUAAAAUAAUUGCUAAGGAAUCUUUGAAUAUAAUUGUACAGUUGUUAACUGAAUGCAUAUAUUUUGUUACAAAUCAAGCAAAUCAUUUGGUUGAUCCUCUCAAAAUAGUUGAUUUUAUCCCGUCCAGAGACCGUCAAAAAUUACUUCGGGAGCAAGGUGUUCUCAAGCAGACCUUUGAAUUGCUUCGUGUACCGUUUGAACCACGACGAGGAAUAAUGGGACCUCUCCUACUGUCGCCUCAGGAAUUAAAUGAGCAAAGAAACGAUGUAUUUAAACGAAUGUUUCAGUUAUGCUACUCACUUUUAAGAUACUCACAAGUUCGCUAUCGAAAAAAUCAAGAACAUUUGGCGGAACAAUUUGGUUUAAUACAGCAACAAAUCGGCUUUGAUCUCCUGGCUGAAGAUACUAUGACUGCCGUCUUGCAUAACAAUCCGAAGUUGCUAGAGAAAUAUGUUAAAGAUCCGCAUGUGCAGCGUUUCGUUGAACUUGUCAGGAAUAACAAGACCGGAAAGUUUCUAGAUUAUUUGGCUGAUUUAUGCGUUUGCCGUGGUGAAGCCAAUAAGAAAGUCCAAGAACUAAUUUGUAACUGCGUAUUGAGCGAAGCUAAUCGAGACAUCUUUAUGCUUCAGAUUAAAUGGGGAGAUCGCUAUAUGAAAUCUUUAAUCGCAAUGGCAAAAGGUGUUUCGAUUGGGGAUCAAGAAGACUCCGAAAUGCUGGAUUAUUACAAGCACCAACUGGAUUUAUUCGCUCAAAUGUGCCAAGAACAACAAUAUUUGGCUAUAGAUCCACCACCUGAAAGACAUCUUUUAAAUUUAAGUGCUGAAUUACCGCCGGAUUUAGUUUUAAAAUGCAUGUCAGAUAGUCGAUUGCCCGAUAAUUUGCGGGCUUCAUUUGCCCGUUUAAUGUUGCAUCUUCACGUUGUUCGAGGAUCACCGCUGAAUGCUAUUCGCUAUGCGCGACUCUGGAAGGAAAUACCCGAGCGAGUUUCUAUUCUCAACUGUUCAAGUAGACCUGUAGAAGGAUAUGCAACAAGUGGUCGAGCGAGAUCUGGUUACGCGAAUUUACUAAAAGCUGUUAGUGAUUAUUUGUUAUCUCUGAAGAAUAUUACCAAAUCAGGCGAGAAUGUUUUAAAUGAUCACAGCUCCAGGCUUGAGCAAAAUCGAUUAACAUUCGAGAUGGUCACUCUUGCUCGAGCACUUGCGCAGUUUGGUUUUUACAGUUUUGCACAAUUAUUGCAACUUGCAGAAAGCUUGCUGGCAAUCACAGAUAACAAUUCAAGCACCACUCCAGCAUCGCAUUUUUUUCAUCAGGUGACUUAUUCGGUUAUGGGAGUUGGAAUGUUAGAAAAAAGUGGAACUUUGAAUUCAACUUUAGCAAACGAUGCUGUUGACGUGGAAGAAAACGUACGAUCGAAAGCAAGCAAAGACAUAAUCAUGGAAAUAAAAUUAAUCGUCGUGGAAAUACUACAGUUUAUAAUGGAUGUGCGUCGAGACUAUCGAAUAACAGUUGCUUUAUCGUGGUUUAAGCAAAAAAAUCCAUGUGAUGAAUAUGGCGAACUUACGGAACCUCAAGCACUGACAACCAAACAUGCAAUGGAGAUUUAUAAAGAAAUAUUUGAAAGAACCGAAGAGCAGUUGGAAUGUGGUGGUCAGCAUGGUCGGCAGUUACUUAAAACACUUUUGCAACUUGCGACUAGUGAAUGUGCCAAACUUGCCAGUUCUGCAUUAAAAGUCCUUUUCCGACAAUUCACUCAAUAUCAUGAAUUCGUGGACGAUUUGAAGCAGGUGCAAUUAUUAGUUUCAAACGAAGAUGUAGAGAAUUAUUGCCAAAUAGAUCGAGAUUUAUUCAUCUUAAAGAUAUUGACGGAAAAAAGUGAACUAUGGGUAAAUGCUGGUAAAGCAUCAGAAAGUCCAAUUAUCGAUGAUACUCUUCGCAUCGAGGAUAUAAGUGCAGAUGGCUUAAAUGCUCCUCGAGCUUUCUGUAAUGAUGAAAGUUUUCAUUUGUUAGUCGACAAACUCGAUGAAUAUUAUUCGCCUACACGGGAUGAUUGUAUUAAAUUAUUAAAUAAGCUAUUGCUAAGCGAUGAUCGAGAAAACGCGGCUAGCGCUCUUUUUGAGUUGUCAGAUAAAGCACCACUCAUCGGCUACCCGCUUAUUAAACAGAUUUUAUUUCGAUUGAAACAACUUUGCUAUAAAAAUGGAUCAAACGAUAUAAUGAACCAACAAUUACUGAAAAAUAUGCGCGUGCACGAAUAUGUUCUCGGCUUUCUCUCUAUUCCAUAUGAUAAGAGAGUUGAUCAAGAAAUGCCAAAAUUAUUUACUUUAUGCCAUGAAUUUUUGCAAAGUUUUUGCCGGAAUAAUAAAUUGAACCAGUAUUGCCUUCAACGGUAUAUUUCUGUCGACAGUGAUCACAAAGAAGGAUGCUUGCGAAUAGAUACGGUCGAAGAUGUAGCAACGUUAGUCGCAAUAUACAAAAACAAUCGCAAAUUAUCGGAAAAUAUCUCGGGUGACAUUAUCGCUCGUGUAAUAGACCUCAUAGAGCAAAAAGCUCGGAACGCUGUCUUCAUCGAAUUUCUUCAAUGUGUUGUUUGCACAGAUGAAGGCGAAAUCGAAUCCUCACAAGAGAAAGUUGUUCAGGAGAUUUGUUCAGCGUCAGAUGAAGUUCGAGUAUUUUAUUCAGACAGCGCUAGUUUCGAGCAGCUCAUUCAAAUGAUGAAAAAUACACCAGUUGAAGAGCUCACAGCUGAUAAUCCUUUGCGUUAUCAUAUCGAACUUGUCAGAUUGUUAGCGAUGUGUACUCGAGGUAAAAAUGGUACAAUGGAGCUAAAAUGUGCUUCACAGUUGCCUAUUGACCACAUUAUGCGAGUGCUGUCAUCGCCACAUUGCUUGGUUCAGGUUAAAGAUGUUUAUAUGCAAUUCAUGUUGCACUGCUAUAUCGAUACGGGCGCAGAAAUGAAAGACGUCUAUAAUGCGGAUUAUUUCGAGCUAAUACUUCAAAAUAUUCUUUCAGACGUGGAGGAAGUUCCAUUGGAAAGAUACAUAUGUCUGACAGUUAUCGAAAUUCUUAGUAGUUUAUUUCAAAAACCUCUAUCCUAUCAAACAACAAUGGAUGUUGUAAGUCAUAUAACAAUAUAUUUUCUAUAUAAAAGUAGCGUAAAAACCUUAAGAAGUGCAUCGAAAAAUUGGCAUCGAUUUGCUGAAUCGCUGAAACGUCUUAAUAAAUGUGGUAGCUAUUUCAGUAUUCUUCAAAAUUAUAAUCAUGAAUUCGAAGAAUCUUCUCGAUUUUUAGAAGAUGCUGAGACUUCGGUACUUGUCGACUUGUUGUAUAGCCCAGAACGAUUAUUUCCCAAAGGUUCCGAAAUGCGAGAACGAUGUGAGAAGGGUGAAACAAUCGCUAAACUAAUCGAACAUUGCAAACAACUAUUAGAAGAAAAACAAGAAAAUCUAUGCGUUCGAGUUCUCCAUACAUUAUGCCAUAUGGCAACAAAUACAAAAUUCAUUUGCAGAGACCAGGUAAAUUGUCUUUUUCAUAUUUUUACGCGAACUAAUUGCAAAAUCGGUAUUUGUCUGAGACAACAUUUAUUGCAACGUUACUUUGGAGACGAAAGUGAACGACGUCGUUCAAAAUUUGGUUCGAUUAUUGAAAAACAAGAAAGGAAACCAUCUUCAUCAAACCUCUGCCGUAAUUAUUUUCCCACAAUAUUAUUUACAGAUCUUUUUUCAGACCUUGUUAUCGACCUUAUUAUUGAAGAACCAUCGUAUGAUGUUUUCUAUAUGACAAUGGAAUUAGCAAAGUCUCUUCUUCAGGAAGGAAAUGAGCAGGUUCAAAAGUCAUUUUACAAGCGACUCACACAACAACGUGAUGUAUCAGAAACAUUCGUUCAAGCAAUUAAAACCAAAUUGCAAGUCGCGCAAAAUCGUGUAAAAAAUGAUAUGAUGGCAUGCAACGAUUCACGACAACCGUCGUGCCUGCAAACCCCUUUGGCCAACGAUCUCACACUUCAAAAUGAGCACAGAGGUAGUCUUGAUACGUCGAUAAACCUUAUGUCGUUACAAGCCGAAAAUAUAGAUGCUAUUUAUUUUUAUAGAUCGAAGAAAUCUCUACCACCUGAAGUGUUAAUCAUUGAGCCAAUUCUACGUUUUUUACAACUUCUGUGCGAAAACCAUAACUUAUCUCUGCAGAAUUUUUUGCGCUGUCAAGGAAGUCGUAAAAAUUAUAAUUUGGUUGAUGAGACUUUGACAUUUCUGGAUGUUAUUUGUGGCAGCACUAAAGGAAGUCUUGGAGUUUUUGGUGAUAUUGGUGAACACAAUUUUUCGUUAAUUAUACAAACGCUGACAACACUAACUGAAUUCUGUCAAGGUCCUUGUCAUGAAAAUCAGAAUGCUAUUGUAUAUCAUGAAACUGGCUUAAAUAUGAUCAUAUCGCUGGUGUUGAAUGAAAUUAAACCACUUUGUAUUUCACAUAUGGAUCUUGCUUUGGAAAUUAAGAGCGUUGCCUCUAAAUUACUGUUGGCCACAAUGGAAUCUCGACACGAUGCAAGCAAUGCUGAAGCAGUUCUUCUCAAUAUGAGCCAUAUGAAUAGUGGUCCUACACAGCUGAUUCAUGCCCUUACUGUGGCUUAUCAGAUGGCCAACUCAGAUACUUAUGUUUUAUCGCGAAUGCGAAGGCAACUCCUCGAAAACAAUAUUUCAGGACAAGUUUUGCCAGAAAUCUCUGUUCAUGGACCAGUAAAAAAUAUAUUCGAUCAGAAAUUCUCCUACAGCAACCUGGUUGAUCCGCAAGAGGUCGGUCAUAAUAUUUUCAUUCUUGCAACACAAUUAUCAAGACACGAUAAAUCAUUAAGAGAUCUUUUAACAGCUGAUUAUUUCGACUGUGAAAUGACCCGUGUUGCGAUUACAUAUUAUAAACAACACACUGCUCAAAUUGAGAUUGUACGAGAGGAUCGCCGAAUGGAACGAGUUAUCUUUCCGAUUCAUACAAUCUGCAAGUACUUAACGCCAGAAACAAAGCAAAAUCUUUUAGUUGAAACUGAACGCGAUGCUCAAGGAUCAAAGGUAUCUCAAUUUUUCGACCAGUGGCCGAAAUUGUUUCAAGAAAUGAAAUGGCAAAGAAAAUUGCAAGAUCGAAAAUAUUUGAGCAGUUGUACAAAACAUUUAAUUUUAUGGGCGAGGUUAUCAUUUCUUUUCGCUAUCUUUACUAAUAUCAUUACCGCAAUAUAUUAUCCGUUUAACGAGGACACGCGGCAUGCGUCAUUUGGCCGUGAGCCUGAAGCAUACAUUGGUAUAGCAGUAGUAAUGUUCAUAUCCACGUUGUUAGCAAUAAGGUCGCUUGAUGUGCUUCUUACUCUUCAGCUUAUCGGAAUACUUCAGCUUGUAAAUAAAUUUGUUCACAUCCUAAGCUAUAUCGGAAAUCGUGGAUUGAUCGACAGAACGUGGAGUGACCGGAUAAAUGAUCGUGAUAUAUGGUAUCACUUGUUAUAUGUUGUUAUAUGCUUGUUCGGUCUUUCAAUUCAUCCAUUAUUCUAUGCAUUAUUGCUUUUUGAUAUUGUUUCGAGCGAUGAGACUCUGCGCAAUGUGAUAAGUUCGGUAACUCGAAAUUGGCAGUCGAUAAUAAUGACUGGCUUACUGGCACUCAUUCUUGUCUAUCUCUUCUCAAUUAUCGGCUAUUUAUUUUUCCAAAAAGAUUUUAGAUUAGAAGUUGAUCCUAUGAAUUCUUAUGCCGGUGAAAGUAAAGCAAAUGACGGCAAAAUAUGGUCAUGUCAAACGCUACGUAUGUGCAUAAUUACAACGCUUAACUGGGGUCUCAGAAACGGUGGUGGUAUAGGCGAUAUACUCAGAAAUGUCCCACCUGAUGAAGAAUCAUUUUUUCCACGAAUCCUAUACGAUAUGUCGUUUUUCAUUGUGCUUAUUAUUAUUGUAUUAAAUUUGGUAUUUGGGGUAAUCAUUGAUACUUUCGGUGAUUUGAGGGCUGAAAGAAAUGAAAAAGAUGACAUUCUUCGUAAUACUUGUUUCAUUUGUGGUCUUGAAAGAGGAAGAUUCGACAAUAAGAAAGUUACAUUUGAAGAACAUCGGAAAAACGAGCACAAUCUAUACCAUUACCUCUAUUUUAUUGUUUGGUUGCAAAUCAAAGACGAGACCGAGUUUACGGGCCCGGAAAGUUAUGUAGCGCAAUGUAUAAAGGAUCGGAAUAAUGAUUGGUUCCCCCAUAUGCAAGCAAUGUCACUAAUCGAUGGGGAGGGUCAGGAACUAGAACAACCCGAAGAAUUUAAUAAUUUAAAAGAGAUGCUGAAUACUCUUCUCGCUGUUUCGAAAAAUCACGAUCGACAGUUGGAGGAAUUACGGCAGCAAUUUGUAGCGUUUAGCAAAUUUUCAGCAGUUUCAUAA